ACAGCUCAGUAGAAGAGAAGAAAGAGAAAAUUAAUGUUUAUGGGUCCCUGCAGAGCAAGCAGAAUCUUAGCAAGCUAUUAACAAUCACAAAGCUUUAAUGUUAUGUACAUUCUAAAGAUGUUAAAUCAGUGAUAGCAGUCAUCUCUUCUAGAUCAGGGUGACUAACCUUUGCCCAGUGGUGUUGGACUCAAAUUCAUUUGUAGUUGGCUUGGUCAGUGGUCAAGGACAAUGCAGAAGUCAUGCGGGGGGGACGGGGACGUGAAGCCAGCCAAUGUUUAUACUGUACUUAAAAAGAAGAAUUGCAGACCACCAGAACUUUGGAGCAUGGCUACAAGCAAUGGGAGCAAUGACUUUGUCGUUCUGAGCAAUGGUAACAUCCCGACCAAUGCAACUAGUCCUGAUCUCCUUGCAACCAGUGAUGGCAAUGUUGCCGUCCAAAACCUCCCAUCUAAGGAAACCACAAGAAGAAAAGUGAGUGCAAAUGGGUGCCUUCAACUUAAUGGCAUGCUAAAACCAUCGUUUCUGCCUGUAGAUGACCAAAGAACUCCACAGGUAUUAUCACAGUGUUGUCGCCCUUGCCCAUACCAUCAUCAGCCUCUAAAUCACCAUUGUAAUCAGCAAGAAUGCCUUUCACUGUCUGGCAAUGCGGCGCCAUCUCCAUUAACUUCCUGCUGCCCAAACCUUCAUACAGAAUAUUCAGCAUCCGCUUGCCAAAAACAUACACCCUUGUAUCAGACUGCCUGCUGUCUUCAGUCCUCGCCCUCAUUCUGCCUACAUCAUCAGUGGCCUGAACAUUUUCAGCAUCAGCCUGUGCAACAACAUAUAGCCAAUAUACGGCCAGCCAGAACAUUAACGUGGCCAAAAAGCUAUGCAGCUCUGAUAGCUGACUGGCCGGUGGUGGUUUUAGGCAUGUGUACUGUGUUAAUUGUGGUGUGUGCGUUGGUUGGAAUACUAGUCCCAGAUCUUCCAGACUUCUCUGAUCCAUUAUUGGGUUUUGAGCCAAGAGGAACUGCAAUAGGACAGCGGCUGGUUACCUGGAAUAAUAUGGUGAAAAACACAGGCUACAAAGCAACCUUAGCAAACUAUCCUUUCAAAUAUGCAGAUGAGCAGGCUAAGAGCCAUCGAGAUAACCGAUAUUCAGAUGAUCACUAUGAAAGAGAGAAGAGGGAAGCAGACUGGAAUUUCCACAAGGACAGCUUUUUCUGCGACAUUCCAAGUGAUCGCUAUUCCCGAGUGGUAUUUACAUCAGCAGAUGGAAAUAACUUGUGGAAUUUACCUGCAAUAAAAUCCAUGUGCAAUGUGGAUAAUAUGAGAAUACGAUCCCAUGCUCAGUUUGGUGAUCUCUGCCAGAGGACCACUGCUGCUUCGUGCUGCCCCAGCUGGACGCUAGGCAAUUACAUUGCCAUUUUAAACAACAGAUCAUCCUGUCAAAAGCUUGUGGAGAAAGAUGUUUCUCACACUCUGAAGCAGCUCCGUACAUGUGCCAAAUACUACUAUAAUGGGACCCUGGGACCAGAUUGCUGGGAUAUGGCAGCCAGAAGGAAGGACCAACUCAAGUGUACAAAUGUGCCUCGUAAAUGUACAAAGUACAAUGCUGUUUACCAGAUUCUCCACUACCUAGUAGACAAAGAUUUUCUAAGCCCAAAGACUACAGACUAUGUCUUACCAGCUUUAAAGUACAGCAUGCUCUUUUCACCUACUGAAAAAGGGGAGAGCAUGAUGAAUAUCUAUCUGGAUAACUUUGAGAACUGGAACUCUUCAGAUGGAAUAACCACCAUCACAGGGAUUGAGUUUGGAAUAAAGCAUAGUUUAUUCCAAGAUUACCUUUUAAUGGAUACUGUGUAUCCUGCUAUAGCCAUUGUGAUUGUUCUCUUAGUCAUGUGCAUAUAUACCAAGUCCAUGUUUAUCACACUGAUGACUAUGUUUGCAAUAAUUAGCUCCUUGAUCGUUUCUUAUUUUCUUUAUCGGGUAGUAUUUAAUUUUGAAUUUUUCCCCUUUAUGAACCUCACUGCACUGAUUAUUCUCGUCGGGAUUGGGGCGGAUGAUGCUUUCGUAUUGUGCGAUGUGUGGAACUACACAAAAUUUGACAAGUCUCAAGCUGCCACUUCGGAGACGGUGAGCAUCACCCUGCAACAUGCUGCCCUUUCCAUGUUUGUCACCAGUUUUACCACCGCCGCUGCCUUCUAUGCCAAUUAUGUCAGCAAUAUCACAGCAAUCAGAUGUUUUGGUGUUUAUGCUGGCACCGCCAUAUUGGUGAACUAUGUAUUAAUGGUAACCUGGUUACCUGCAGUCGUCGUGUUACACGAACGGUAUCUACUCAAUAUAUUUAGUUGCUUCAGAAAGCCUCAGGCAAGUGUGUACAAUAACAAAAGCUGCUGGACAGUGCUGUGCCAAAUGUUCCGCAAGGUUGCUUUCGCAGCGUCAGAAGCAUCCCGGAUAUUUUUUGAGAAAGUGUUGCCACACAUAGUUAUCAGGUUUCGCUACAUCUGGUUGGUCUGGUUCCUGGCCUUAACUGUUGGGGGAGCAUACAUCGUCUGUGUGAAUCCAAAGAUGAAGCUGCCAUCCCUGGAACUCUCCGAGUUUCAAGUGUUCAGGUCUUCCCACCCUUUUGAACGCUAUGACGCUGAGUACAAAAAGCUGUUCAUGUUUGAACGUGUCCACCACGGAGAGGAGCUUCAUAUGCCAAUCACUAUUAUCUGGGGGGUCUCUCCUGAGGAUAACGGGGACCCCCUAAAUCCCAAAAGCAAAGGGAAGCUGAAACUGGACAGCACUUUCAAUAUUGCAAGCCCAGAUUCACAGCUCUGGAUUCUGAAGUUUUGCCAGAGGCUGAGAAAUCAGACCUUUUUCUACCAAACAGAAGAGCAGGACUUCACGAGCUGCUUCAUUGAGACGUUUAAGCAGUGGAUGGAAAAUCAGGACUGCGACGAGCCGGCUCUCUAUCCGUGCUGCAGUCACUGGAGCUUCCCCUAUAAACAGGAGGUUUUUGAGUUAUGCAUCAAGAGGGCCAUCAUGGAACUUGAAAGAAGCACAGGGUACCAUUUAGACAGCAAAACCCCAGGGCCUCGCUUUGACAUCAACGAUACCAUCAGAGCAGUAGUACUGGAGUUCCAGAGCACCUACCUCUUCACCUUGGCUUACGAGAAGAUGCAUCAGUUCUACAAAGAGGUAGAUACCUGGAUUGCGGAUGAGCUGAGCACUGCCCCUGAGGGUCUAAGCAGUGGUUGGUUUGUGAGCAAUCUAGAGUUCUAUGAUCUCCAGGACAGUCUCUCUGAUGGCACUUUGAUUGCCAUGGGUCUUUCCGUGGCUGUUGCGUUCAGCGUAAUGCUGCUCACAACAUGGAAUAUCAUACUGAGCCUUUAUGCAAUAGUUUCGAUAGCAGGAACCAUUUUUGUCACAGUUGGAUCAUUGGUCCUUCUUGGCUGGGAGCUAAAUGUUUUGGAGUCUGUCACCAUUUCUGUUGCUGUCGGCUUAUCGGUAGACUUCGCGGUCCAUUAUGGUGUUGCUUAUCGCUUAGCUCCCGAUCCUGACCGAGAAGGGAAAGUAGUCUUCUCCCUCAGCCGCAUGGGUUCGGCAAUUGCUAUGGCUGCGCUGACCACAUUUGUAGCCGGCGCCAUGAUGAUGCCUUCCACCGUUCUGGCAUAUACUCAGCUCGGUACAUUCAUGAUGCUUAUAAUGUGCAUUAGUUGGGGCUUUGCGACCUUCUUCUUCCAGUGCAUGUGCCGUUGCCUUGGACCCCAAGGUACUUUUGGUCAGAUUCCUCUGCCGAAAAGGCUGCAGUGCAGCGCCUUUUCCCAGGCGCUGUCGGGGAACAAAGGGGACGGGGAACAAAACAAAGCUCAGCCUGCCAGUAAGUAUCAGUUGGACUCUAGAGGUCAAAAAACGGGCAUGGAACAUGAGCAUUACGAAUUGGAGCCUUUGGCAUGCCAUGCCAACAACUGCAGCACGUUAGAGAAGAGAACCUAUGAAGAAACGCACAUGUGCACGGAGCUCUUAGAUGGCAGGCUUGCAAAUGAGCACGUCCUUCCCCAGUCAGCGUAUAACAGCGACCUGAACGUAAGCAGCAAAAAUGAAUUCAGGAUAGGCAUGUUGUCUUCUGGUGAGCAGGACACCACUUGCCAGCUCUUAUGUCAAAACCAGCAGUGUAGUUGCUCAGUUGAUUAUAAGCAUGUGAGCAUGAAAUGGAGCCCCCACUCAUGUCAGCAGUUAAAAUUUGGGGUCAAAUGAAACUUCAUGCUACCUCUCUUCUCCUUUGUCCAGGAAUGUGCAUAGCCAGAGUUCUGUAGUUUGCACAACUGCUUUGCAUCAUUCUUUGGAUAGAUAUGUGACUACCGUCCCAGCAAGUUCUGCACUGUAACUGUCUACAGAGCAGGUUAAGAUAGCCCCUGAAAUAUUUUUUCUCCACUUACAGCAACUGUUUCAAUCCCGAAGUCUUCCAAAUGCCAAGGAGAACUUGAGAACUCCUCCAAAGGAAGCAAGUUCUUCUCUGUUUAUCUUCAAGGGUGUUGGUUCACUCUUGUUGUGAAAUGGAGAAAAACGUAUCUAAUAAUCAGAAGGGACUCUUGUGAUAACUGCAGAGACAAAUGGGUUGUAAGAGUCACUGAAGUAAAUGGGAACAAAAACAGAACAUCUAAAUCAAAGCAAAAUCCGCAAACUGAAACUGAGUGCCUCCAGAACUUACGACAAACUGCUUCAGGUGUGAGGGCUAACCAGAAUAAAUGGAAAUAUACAGAAAACAGUACAUCAACAAAGGCUUGGUUUUGAGUUGUGGCCUGAAAAUUCCUGGUAUUGUAACAGAACCAUAACAAUAAAGUGCAAUUUUGUUGAGUGUCAUAUGCCAAACAGUGAAGCCCAUGUGCCUGCUGUUGUUAGCACACCCAGAACUUUCCCAUGAAAGUUUGCUAAUAAAAAAACCUAUAAUAAAUCUUAAA